AAUCAAGGAAAAUUUAGCAGUGUAUUUCUCCGGCCGACGGUCUCAUGCGCCGAGAAUCUGAAACCACCGUGUGGAAUCAGAGCUCUUUCCGACCGGAGUCCAGCAAGAUUCAGAUAAGUUCCGAAACUCGCUCACUGUUCUAUUGAUCUUUUGUUGUUGGGGAGAAGUAAUUUUGUGGAUCACAGCUUGUAAAUGCAUCACAUUGGCGACGUUCUUGUUGGAGGUUGAAACUUCAAAGCGGUAACAGCAAAAGAAGAGGGAGCAAUGAGAAAGAUACUCUGUUUCCUUGUGUUUGCAAUACAUUAGUUGUCUGCACACAACUAGGUCAUUGUUUAUAUGUAAAUAGAAUGGGAGGCACUGGACAGUGGACACCUCUGGUGAGUGUCUUGUUUGUCUCUUUACCUAACAUUAUUGACGGGUCUAAUUCAAUUAUAUAUACAUAGAUAAAACAAUAGUUGAUCAUGAAAUUGGCGAAUGUCUUAUUCAUUCUGGGUCGAGGUUAGUUAAUCUGUCAUUUGUAUGAUUGCAUCAACUUGAGCAUUGUUUACUGUUUUUUUUUUCCUCUUUGCCAACUGCUGCGUCUUCAUUUUCCACCACCAUGUUCACCUUUACAAUAAUACAUGUGUUUUUGAAUCGUCCAACCCUUGUUCUUCCUUUCCUCUGCAUCCUCUUCCUUUCUCUGCCUUUUCCAAAAAAAUGGCAUUUGCUGUUGCAGAUACAAUCCUGAAAAAGUUGGGCCCCCUAGCUGUUGAACAAGCAGGCCUCCUUUGGGGUCUCAAGAGCGAGGUUUUGAAACUGAAGAGCACGGUCACUUCUAUCCGGGCCGUGCUGUUGGAUGCAGAGGAGCAAUCCGGUCUUAAUCAUCAAGUUCAAGUGUGGCUUGAUGAACUAAAGCAAGUCCUUUAUGAUGCCGACGACUUGUUGGAUGACUUCAACACUGAGGCCUUGUUGAGACAGCAACAGAUGGAUAUCCAUGGCAAUCGUUGUACGAGCGAGGUAAGCCUCUUCUUUUCCGGUUCCAACCCAUUGUUUAGUGGUCUCUGGAUGGCUCAUCGGAUUAAGGCCAUCAGGAUCAAGUUGGAUGAGAUUGAUCAGAAUAGAACAAAGUUCAACCUUCAAACACGACUCGAGGAGCCUGCUGCUGCUAUGAGCAACCUUGGCAGACAGACAGAUUCCUUCGUCCCUAAUGUAUUUGUUGGGAGGAAAGAAGAUGGUGACAAGAUAAUAAGCUUGUUGUUAUCAUCUAGUAAUGAGCAGAAACUUGAAGUUAUUCCAAUCCUUGGAAUAGGGGGUUUGGGGAAAACAGCAUUGACUCAGUGUGUUUAUAAUGAUAAGAGUGUAACUUCUCAUUUUCAACUGAAAACUUGGUUAUGUGUUUCGAAUAAUUUCAAUGAAACAGUGCUGGUCAAAAAAAUGUUGGAGUCUUUAACCGGAGGCAAAGUGGAAGAUCUUCAGCUGCAAACUUUGAAGAGUAAUUUGAAGAAGCAAAUGGAUAAUAAGAAGUUUUUGCUGGUUUUGGAUGAUGUAUGGGAUAAUGGUGAUUACGAGAGCAAUUGGGAUAGGUUCAUGAAUUUUUUGUGGAAUGUUGGUGCAGUGGGGAGUAAAAUUAUCGUAACUACACGAAUUGGAAGUGUUGCAAGUUUGAUGGCAACAAAAGGGAUUAAACCACAUGAGUUAAAAGGCUUAUCCAGACAAGAGUCGUGGUCUUUGUUUGAACAGAUAACAUUUAAGAGAGAAGUAGUGGAAGGUGGCCAAAGGUUUAAGCAGAUAGGAGAAGAGAUUGUGGAAAGAUGUGUUGGAGUUCCUUUGGCUAUAAAGGCAAUGGCUGGUAUCCUGUCGUCGAAGAGAGAUAUAGUUGAUUGGGAGGCUUUAAGAGACAAGCAAGCACGGUUAGACAGGGUUGACAGUGAUAAAAGGAUAUUGGCAACUCUAAGGUUGAGCUACGACAACCUCCCUUCCCAUUUGAAACCAUGUUUUGCUUAUUGUAGCUUGUUUCCAAAGGAUUGUGAGAUUGAUGUGAGAAUGUUGGUACAACUUUGGAUGGGGCAAGGGUAUAUUGAUUGUAGCCAAUCAUCAUCGUCAAAUCUAUAUGACACCGGAGUUGAAUAUUUCAAGAGUAUGUUAUCGAAGUCGUUUUUUCAAGAGUCGUCCUUAAAUCAAUUGGGGGAUCUGGAUGUCUGUAAAAUGCAUGAUUUGAUGCAUGAUCUAGCUCUGGAAGUUGCGGGGAAGGAGAACUUCACUUUGAGGGCCUCAAAUUCAAUGGUUAAUGAUGAUAUCAACUUUGAUAGGCUUCUACACUUAUCAAUCGAUUUUGAGGAAAUACUAAGAGAGUCAUGGAAAGUUCCAGGUUUGUUACUCAAACCAACGAAACUGAGGACUUUUCUUACUACGAAUUUGCAUUGGCGGGGCAUGAAUGCACAUGGAGGAACCCAAUAUGAGACUAUCUUCUCAAAUAUGACUGGUCUGAGAGUUCUAAGUUUCUGUGGUGCUCGUAUAGAGAUUGUCCCUCCCUGCAUCAAUAAGUUGAAACGUCUCAGGUAUCUUGAUCUUUCUGAUAAUGAAAUGGAAAUGUUACCCGAUGAGAUCACAAGACUGGUAAACUUGCAAGUGCUCAUCUUAGAUGAUUGUGGACUGCUUCAAGAACUGCCAAGAGACAUAGUGAUGUUGUCCUAUCUUCAGUGUCUUAGCCUUAUCGGCUGUAACGCUCUAAGAGGCUUACCAUCUGGAAUCGGGAAAUUGAUUCGUCUGAAAGAAUUGUCCACGUUCAUAGUAACAAGUGCAGUGCACUCAGAAUGGGGAGCUGCUGCUGCUGCCAAAAUUUGCGACUUGAAAGAUCUCAAUCUAAGCGGGAGGUUGGCAAUUACGAAUCUGGAAUCGGUCGAGACACUUGAAGCAGAGGCAGCAAGUUUAAAGAGGAAGCAAUAUCUUCAAGCCUUGGAAUUGAAGUGGAAGGAAAGUAGUCAAGAGGCUAAUGCUGCCGGGAAUCUGAGGACACUAGAGGCGUUGGAGCCUCAUGAAAAUUUGAAGGAGCUGAUGUUAUCGGGUUACAGCGGAUGGAGUCUACCCACCUGGUUUUCUAAUUCUCUCAAGAAUGUGACGAGAAUCCGUUUAUAUAGUUGCGGGGGACUGCCAUACCUGCCGUGGCUGGGUCCACUGGUUUUCCUUGAAGAAUUGACGUUGUAUCAUCUAACCUGCUUAGAGUACAUACAGACCACUCCACCACCACCAUCAUCUACUUCUAACAAUGCGCAGUAUCUUCCCUGCCUCAAGUCUCUCCAAAUUGGGAAUUGCCACAACCUAAUCAGCUGGUGGUCGACCACAAUGAAAGAGGUGCCGUUGUUCCCGUGUUUUUCCUCUCUUUCGAUUUCUCGCUGUGAGAAACUGGUAUCCGUUCCUCGCCUCUCGUCGCACGUGGAAAGGGUUCUGUUAAAGGGUGUGAAGAGUGAGCUGUUGGCUGAGUUCGCUGCUGCACUUCCUCCACCCCAUUCCCCAACACAAUCCCAAUUUAAAUCACUUACAAUUGUUGGCGUGAAAGGUCAACAAGUUUUGGUUCCAGAGAUACUGCCACAGCUUGUUUCGCUUGAAUACCUGAGCAUACAGCAGUGCCCAAAUUUAACGACUCUGUCUCCACCACCAGCAAAUAUUCUUAGUCAAGAACAUCUCCCGUCCCCUCAGAGUGUUACUAACAACAACAUGGUGCCACUGUAUGCGCUUCCUGCCCUGCUUCGCUUUAGGAUCAAGGCUCUCAAAAGCUUGGAGUGUCUACCAGAAUGGCUUCAGCAUUCCUCUAAGUUGCAGCUUCUGGAGAUAACUGAGUGUGAGGGUCUCGAAUGCUUACCAGAAUGGCUCCCAAAGCUCGCAGCGUUGGAGACCUUGGAAGUAGACUCAUGUGGCCGUCUGUCACCGAGGUUGGAAAGCAAGGUGUCUGAAGACUGGCUCAAAGUUACCCACCUUCAGAAUAUCAAAAUCAAUGAUUUAGUGGUUCAACGAAAUGGUAACUACUCGUCAGUACAAGUAGCAGAAGAAGAAGAUCAAUACCAAGUAGAAGAAGCGGAGAGAGACGAAGAAGAUGAAGAAGAAGAAGAAGCAGCAGCAGCAGAAGAACUACCCACAGGCACCCAGUUUACAAGGAUUUUGUCAAAUUGCAUAGCAAGGCUGACUUGCAACAUUUUUCACAGAUGCUUUCUCUGCUAACUACCUUCUACAGGCAUUUCCCACGUUGGCUAACUAUAAGGUAUCCUUGAAGAGAAAUAUUUAAAUGCGAAAUAUUCAAGAUCUUCGUCGCCUUGCUUGAUUUGAUUCGCAGGAGAAGAGGCGAUCAGAUUUCGCUCGCAACGGUGAAGAAGUCGAGAGAGAAGAAUAAGGGGGAGACAAUAAGGAAUUUCGAGAGAGAUUACAAAUGUGUGAAAUGGCAUUUGUUGUUGCUGAGGCUAUCCUCAAGAAGUUGGGUCCCUUAGCUACUGAGCAGGCAGGGCUCCUCUGGGGUCUGAAGAGCGAGGUUUUGAGACUGAAGAACAAGGUUACUUCCAUGCGGGCUGUGCUGUUGGAUGCAGAGGAGUUAUCUGGCUUGAAUAACCAAGUUCGAGUUUGGUUGGAUGAACUGAAACAAGUCUUUUAUGAGGCUGAAGAUUUACUGGAUGAUUUCUCCACGGAAGCUCUGUUGAGGCAACAACAGGUGUAUAGUGAUGGCAAUGUCAGUUUGAGUGAGAAGGUACAACUAUUACUUUCAAGUUUCAACCAAUUGUUUAGUGGUCUCGUGAUGGCUCAUCAGAUUAAGGCCAUAAGGACCAAACUAGAUGAGAUUGAUGAAAAUCGGAAGAUGUUCAACCUUCAAACGCGACUUGAGGAGAAAUCUUCUGCUCUCAGGAAGAUCGGCAGGCAAACUGACUACUUCGUCCCUGAUGUGUUUAUUGGGAGAGAAGAAGAUAGUGCAAAGAUAAUAAGCUUGUUGUUAUCGACCGACAAAGGGCUGAAAGUUGAAGUUGUUCCAAUUCUUGGUAUAGGGGGUCUGGGGAAAACAGCACUGGCGCAACAUAUUUACAACGAUAAGAGUGUGAGCUCUUAUUUUCAACUUAAAAGUUGGGUAUGUGUUUCAGAUAAUUUUGACGAAACAGUAUUGGUCAAAAAUAUUUUGGAGUCUUUGACUGAAGACAAAGCUGGAGAUCUUCAAUUGCAAACUUUGAAGAGUAAAUUGAAGAAGAAAAUGGAUAAUAAGAAGUUCUUUUUGGUGUUAGAUGAUGUUUGGGAUAAAUGUGAUUAUGAGAGCAACUGGGACAGUUUCAUGAGUUUUUUGUGGAAUGUCGGCGCAAUGGGGAGUAAAAUCAUCAUAACUACACGUAUUGGAAGUGUUGCAAAUUUUAUGGCGACUAAAGGGCUUGAACCACAGGAGUUACAAGGAUUAAACAAACAAGAUUCAUGGGCUUUGUUUAAACAUAUAGCAUUCAAGAGAGAAGUACAGGAAGGUGAUGGAAGGUUUGUACGGGCAGGAGAAGAAAUUGUGGGAAGAUGUGUUGGAGUUCCUUUGGCUAUAAGGUCGAUGGCUGGCGCAUUGUCGUCAAAGAGAAAUGUGGUUGAUUGGGAGGCUUUAAGAGACAAGCAAGCACGACUAGAUAGGGUUGGGAAUGAUAAAAGGAUUUUGGAAACUCUAAGGUUGAGUUACGACAACCUGCCUUCUUACUUGAAACCCUGUUUUGCUUAUUGUAGCUUGUUUCCAAAAGAUUGUGAGAUUUCCAUAAGAAUGUUGGUACAACUGUGGAUGGGGCAAGGAUAUAUUGAUUCUAGCCAAUCAUCAUCAUCAAAUCUAUAUGACAGUGGAGUUGAAUAUUUCAAGAUUAUGUUAUCGAAGUCCUUUUUUCUAGAGUCGUCCGUAAAUAAAUUGGGUGAUCUGGCGGUUUGUAAAAUGCACGAUUUGAUGCACGAUCUAGCUCUAGAAAUUGCAGGGAAAGAGAACUUCACUUUGAAGGCCUCAACUUCAAUGGUCAAUGAUGAUGUCAACUUCGAUAGGCUUCUCCACUUGUCAUUCGAUUUUGAGAACCUACAAAGAGAGUCAUGGCAAGUUCCAGAUUUGUUACUUAAGCCAACAAAAGUGAGAACUCUGCUUCCUACAAAUUUGUAUCGAUUUGGUAUGAAUGGAUGGGGAGGAACCCAAUAUGGGACAAUCUUGUCUAAUAUGACUAGUCUGAGAGUUCUAAGUUUCUCUGAGACAGGUAUGAAGAUUGUCCCACCCUCCAUCCACAAAUUGAAGCAUCUGAGGUAUCUAAAUCUUUUUGGAAAUGAAAUGAAGAUGCUACCUGAUGAGAUCACAAAAUUGGUGAACUUGCAAGUGCUCAUCUUAGACUAUUGUGGACAGCUUCAGGAACUGCCAAGAGACAUUGUGAAGUUGUCCCAUCUUGAGUGUCUUAGCCUUGAUGGUUGUUGUGCUUUGAGAGGCUUACCAUCUGGGAUCAGGAAACUCGCUUGCUUGAAAGAGCUGUCCACAUUCGUAGUGACAACGGUAGCUCACUUAGAAUCAGGAGCCACCGCUGCCAAAUUUAGCGAGUUGAAGGAUCUCAAUCUAAGCGGGAGGUUGACAGUUACGAAUCUGGAAUCGUUGAAGGAGAAGGCUGAAGCGGAGGCAUCAAGUUUAAAAACAAAGCCAAAUCUUCGAGCCUUGGAAUUGAUGUGGGAUAGUGAUCAAGAGGCUAGUGCUGCUGGGGAUUUCAGGACACUAGAGGCGUUGGAGCCACAUGAAAAUUUGAAGGAGCUGAUGAUAAGGGAAUACAGAGGAUGCAGUCUACCCACCUGGUUUUCUAGUUCUCUCAAGAAUGUGGUGAUAAUCCGUCUGGAAUGCUGUGUGGGACUGCAAUAUCUGCCAUCGCUGGGUCCACUGGUUUCCCUUGAAGAACUGACGUUGCAUUUUCUAACCCACUUAGAGUACAUACAACAGGAUGAGGCCUUUGCAGCACCAUUAGCAUCUACUUGUAACAACAACAAUAAUAUUGUGCAAUAUCUUCCACGCCUCAAGUCUCUCUCCAUUACGGGUUGCAGUAACCUGAUUAGCUGGUGGUCGACCACAAAGAUAGAGGUGCCACUAUUUCCUUGUCUUUCCUCUCUUGACAUUUCUUACAGUGAGAAACUGGUAUCCAUUCCUCGGCUUUCGGUGCACGUUGAGACGGUUGGGUUAUCGAGUGUAAAGAGUGAGCUGUUGGGUGAGUUUGCUGCCUCACUUCCUCCACCCCAUUGCUCGACACAAUCCCGAUUCAAAUCACUUAGAAUCGAAUGGCUGGAAGGUCAAAGAAUGUUGGUGCCAGAGCUUCUGUCACAGCUUGUUUCGCUUGAAUACCUGUGUAUACAAUUUUGUCCAAACUUGAUGACUCUGUCUCCACCACCAGCUGAUAUUCCUAGUCAACAAAAUGUCACCUGCCUUCAGAGUGUUACUAACAACAACAUGGCUCCACUGUAUGCCCUUCCAGCCCUGCUUCGCUUUGAGAUAAACUCCCUCCAUAGUUUGGAGUGUCUACCAGAUUGGCUUCAACAUUCCUCUAAGUUGCAGCUUCUGGAUGUAACUUUUUGUGAUGAUCUUGUGUGUUUACCGGAGUGGCUCCCGAAGCUCACAGCGUUGGAGAAUUUGGAAGUACACUCAUGUGCUCGUUUAUCACCUAGGUUGGAAAGCAGGAUGGCUGAGGACUGGCCCAAAGUAGCUCGCAUCCCAAAUAUCAAAAUCAAUGGUAGAAUGGUUCAACGGAAUGGUAACUACUUGGCAGUAGAAGAAGAAGAAGAACAAGAAGAUCAAUACCAAGAACAAGAAGCGGAGGGGGAAGAAGAUGAUCAAGAACUACCCACAGGCACCCAGUUUUCAAGGAUGUUGUCAAAUUGCAUAACAAGGCUGACUUGCAACAUGUUCCACAGAUGUUUUCUUUGCUAACUACAUUCUGCAUGCAUUUCCCUUGAUGGUUAACUAUUAGUCGCAGUUGAAUUAGUUAUAAGACAACAGGAACUACUGGCUGCUGCUUUUUCCAUGGCUGCGAAAAGAACUUUUCAGCUGCCCAAGAAGAACUCAACAACUUUUAUGUGAAUCAACUUCUCCAUUCAAUCGAAACCCAAGAGUGGUAUUGGAUGACAGGAAACCAGAACUGGCUAUAAAAAUUUCUUCAGAAAACCUUGCUAAUCUGCAAAUUUGCAAGCCCCCUCCUUCUGCAUUCUGCACUGAUCGAGUAAUCUGGAAAGUCGGAUGUUGAACUCCAGAUGUUCACUGGGUUAGAGACUUUUCAAGUACAUUCCUGCCGUCUGGAAAAUUGCUCACUUUCUAAAUGUUGUAAUCAGUGGAGGAUGGAUCGAGCGGAGGAGGAAGAAGAAGGAUCAGAUGAAGAGAAACAACAAGAACAUGGCCACCGAGAAGAAGUGACCUCAGGCCCCCAGUCCUCGAGGUUGUCGGAUUGCGAGCGAGACUGACUCGCAAGCUUUUCCAAAGUUGUUUUCUCUGCUAGUAGCAACAGCGCAAUCUGAUUAAAGGGGAACAUGGUCGCUCAUUUGUUCAUCAUGGAUCUUGUCUCGAAGGGUUCACAAAUCACAAAUAAAAAAUGUCUUCCUACAUUCUCCACAGUCGGCGUCUCAUGUAAAUUGGCGCGAAUAAUUUAAGCUCUUCUGUGGGCUGGGCUUCCAUGGGCUACAAAGCCAAUCUCCGUUAGAGACCAAUUAAUUGGAACUUGCGAGCAUUGUUUUGGGCUGAAAUAGAUGAAACUAUUAUAGGCUGUUGUGGGCCUUCACAUGGAUUUCGGCCUACAUGUUUUAUGGCCUCGUUUCCCCCUCUAAUUUUAGCUCGAAUUGGAUUGAACUGAGAU